CCUCUUCCGCCCUGAAUCCACAUCCUAGCUGUCCGACAAAGAUGGCUGCCGCAAUCAAAGCUGUCAAUGCGAAGAUACGCUCGAACAAGGUGCUGGAUUAUAUAUGCUCAACACAUUUCUGGGGCCCGGUCUCAAACUUCGGUAUCCCUGUCGCUGCUGUGAUGGACACACAGAAAGAUCCUGAAAUUAUCUCCGGCCAAAUGACAGGUGCCCUAGUGAUAUACUCUGGCACAUUCAUGCGUUACGCCCUCGCCGUAACCCCUAAGAACUAUCUGCUAUUCGCAUGCCAUUUCGUGAACUUCGGCGCGCAGCUGACGCAGGGAUAUCGGUAUCUGAAUUGGUGGAACUGGGGCGGACGCGAUGCAGCGAUUGCCGCGGGGAAGAUAGUCGACGCUCCAAAAUCGGGCACAGAAUCUGCAGCUGACUCUGCCUCUGGUGCUGCUGUUGCUGCGGGGAAGAAAUCGUAACGAGAUUUCCUUGCUCUCUACAUCUAAAAUACAUUAUAUUAAUCUGCUGAACUGGUUUCUUUUCCUUAAAAUACUUUUUAUCUUUCUAAUUUGGGCUUUGGGGAUUUUUGAUGUGAAUUAUGUAUUAUUCUAUGCAUCUAUCCAUCCCUGUGCACACAUUUGGGGCCCCCGUGUAUGUGUGACUUUGUUCUAUAUGCUCUGUAUGUAAGUGUCAUAUUGGGGACAGAUCUUCAUUUAUUGUUGCUGGUUGUUCUAGAUACCAACUGCCUCUUUUUUGUUG